AUGACCCUGAUCCAGGACCAGCUGCUCGGUGCGGAGCUGCGCGCGGCCUCCGCCACCCUCGCCGGGGGCCUGUCCCAGCCCGCGGACGGAGCCAGCACCGAGGAGUCCCCCUUCGUCCAGGCCUACACCCGGGCCCUGGCCCUGCAGGAGCAGGCCGCAGGCCAGGCCCCGGAUCUCCAGAGGGAAAGCCUGCUGGCCGCCUGCACCGCCUACCAGGAGGCCAGCCGGCUGGCGGGGCACACCCACGUGGCCGCGCUGUACAACCAUGGCGUCGCGCUCUCCGAUCUGUACCGCCUGGGCGACAACGACGACGGCGACGAUGGGCGGGCCACGCUGCGGGCCGCCCUGGACCGGUAUGGCGCGGCGCUGGCCCUGGACCCCGCUAAUCCGCAGGCCCUGAACAACAGCGGCCUGGCGCUGCAGGAGCUGGCGUCGGGCCUGCCGCCCGCCGAGGCGGGGCCCCUGCUGCGCCAGGCGCCGGCCCUGCUCCCCACCGCCCCAGGAGACCCCGCCGCCGACGAGGACUCCGCCACCCUGGACGUUCUGCCAGAGCCGGCGCGGCGCGUGCGCCGUGUGCGCCGCGCCUUUGCCGACGCGGCGCAGUACAUCGCGCUGGCCUGUGCGCUGCGCCCCGUCACCGACGCCAGCGCCGUCUACGCGCGCAGCCUGGACACCGUGGCGCCGCUGCUGCCGCUGCCCGCGCUGCGGCGCUCCGGCGCGCGCUGGGCGGCAGGGCCGCCCGGCGGCCGGACCCCGGGGUGGGCGCGGGGGACGCUGGAGCUGGACGCGGCGGGCGUGCGCAGCCUGGGGCCGGGCGCCGCGCUACGCCUGGGCGCAGCCGAGCUGCGCGGCGCGUGCCGUGCACGGGACCCCUCCCUCCCCGCCGAGGGCCACGCGCUCUGGCUGGCGCUGACGGGGCGACCGCGCGGCGCUUUCCUCGUGCUGGACGGCGAGGAGGAGGCCGAGUGCUGGGUGGACGCGCUGGCCACCCUUGCCCACCUGAACGCGCACCAGGGCCUGGACCGCCUGGCACGCAUCCUGCGCGCCCGCCCGCCCUCGGCGCUCGGCAACGGACCCUCCUCCGAGGUGUGA